AUGGCCAUCGCCGAGGAUGCCGCGACCGUUCUUGAGCAGUUCGUCCAUGAUGUGGCCAACCUGCCUGCGGAAAUAACGCAUCUCUACGAGGAGGUGCAGGCAAAAGAUGUGCAGAUACAAGAACUGCGCACGGCGAUCAACCAGCGCGACAACAGUCUUCAGAAGUUCAUCAAACUAAACGGCAGCCUGGUGGUAAACCCCAAAGAAGAGCCGUACAACAAAGUGGUUAUCCAGAAUUACGAGCGUGCACAGAUACUACAAGAAGAAAAGAUGGGUCUGGUGGAGAAAGCAGCCGCACUCCUAGACAGACAUGUAAAGCGACUGGAUAUCAAGUUGCGAGAUCUUCAGAGCGAUGGAUCCAUACCGGCGGAUCCGCAGAUGCCUUCUUUGUUGAAGGAGUCGCCGGGGAACCUCGUACCACCUCUCUCGGCUUCGAACACAGGUUCUAGCACUCCACUACACGCGGCGUCUGGGAACCAAGGCGGUGGUGCUCCUAACCUUGCGCAGGCUGCAGCCAUUGCGCGCAUCACAAACGCCACAAGCGCAAACGUCCAUGGGAGAGCAGCGCCGAUGCAGAACAUGCAGACGCAAGCACUGCUGAACCAGCAGAGGCUCACGAAUGCGCAGAGUGGGAUUCAAGCAAGCGCUCGGUCGGAACGAGAAACGUCGGCAGGAAGCGAUAGCAAGCGGCGGCGGCCGACAGGUAGCAUUGGGCCUCUGCCAGCGGCCAGCUCUUCACUUGGCCGACAAGGGUCUAUAGGCCCUGGGACGCCCAAGCCAUCGACUCCGGGGUCACGGGCAGGAAGCGUAGGACCACGGCACGCUCUCACGGUCAAGAAGGCCAAGCCGCAACAACCGUUGCGCAAGGCCGCGCUGACUGCCAAGGCUGGAGUUCAUAAGAAGCGGCGCAAGGGUGGGUCGAGGGCGUCUCCCUCGACGACAGCCGAAGACGAGAGCGUGGCGAGCGACGCAGGGACCGAGGACGAGGAAAUGUCUGGUGUUGCUGGCGAGGCUGACGAGGAGGAGUCUGACGACACCAAGUACUGCUUCUGCCAACGGGUGAGCUUCGGCGACAUGGUGGCGUGCGACAACGACCACUGCCAGUAUCAGUGGUUCCACUGGGAAUGCGUGGGGAUCAAGGAGGAGCCUGUGGGGGACUGGUUGUGCCCGGAGUGCAAGAAGCAGCCGGCGCAGAAGAUCAAGCGGGUGCGGUAG